AUGGUGUUUCUUCGUGGCUUGUCCAUUUCAAGGCUUCGAUCUCCAGUGGACCUAAAGUCUCAGCUGGAAGAGAUGAUUCCAGAACAACAGGACCGUUUGAAGAAACUGAAAUCACAACAUGGAACUGUCCCAGUGGGGAACAUCACUGUUGAUAUGGUACUUGGUGGAAUGAGAGGGAUGACUGGUUUACUCUGGGAAACCUCAUUGCUUGAUGCAGAAGAGGGGAUACGCUUUAGAGGCAUGUCAAUUCCUGAAUGCCAGAAAGUAUUGCCUGCAGCUCAGCCUGGAGGAGAGCCCUUGCCUGAAGGUCUUCUAUGGCUUCUGUUAACGGGAAAGGUACCUAGCAAAGAGCAAGUUGAUGCAUUGUCAAAGGAGCUAGCUAGUCGUGCUGCUGUGCCAGAUUAUGUCUACAAAGCUAUCAAUGCUUUGCCAUCAACUGCUCAUCCAAUGACUCAGUUUGCUAGCGGUGUUAUGGCCCUCCAGGUUGAAAGUGAAUUCCAGAAGACGUAUGAGGAGGGUGCUGUUCAUAAGUCAAAGUUCUGGGAGUCAACCUUUGAGGAUGCCCUCAACUUGAUUGCUCGUGUUCCUGUUGUAGCUUCAUACGUUUAUCGGAGGAUGUUUAAGGAUGGUAGCAUCAUUCCAUUAGACGAUUCUUUGGACUAUGGUGCUAAUUUUUCACACAUGCUGGGAUUUGAUAGUCCUCAGAUGAAAGAGCUCAUGAGGCUUUAUGUCACCAUUCACAGUGAUCAUGAAGGUGGAAAUGUUAGUGCUCACGCUGGUCACUUGGAAGUUUUGCUAUGGAUCAAAUCAGUCGUCGCAGAAUGUGGAGAAAAUAUAUCAAAGGAACAUCUGAAAGAUUAUGUCUGGAAAACCUUAAACAGUGGAAAGGUAGUUCCAGGAUAUGGCCAUGGUGUUUUGCGUAAGACAGAUCCAAGAUAUGUAUGCCAAAGAGAGUUCGCCUUGAAGCAUCUACCUGAUGACCCUCUUUUUCAGCUGGUGUCUAAGCUUUAUGAAGUUGUACCUCCUAUUCUAACCGAGCUAGGAAAGGUCAAGAACCCUUGGCCUAACGUUGAUGCUCACAGUGGAGUGCUGCUCAACUAUUAUGGUCUAACCGAAGCAAAAUACUACACGGUUCUUUUUGGCGUCUCAAGGAGUCUUGGAAUCUGCUCACAGCUGAUAUGGGACCGAGCUCUUGGACUGCCCCUUGAGAGACCAAAGAGUGUAAACAUGGACUGGCUCGAUAAGUUCAUGAGCAUAAGCCGCUGA